AUUUAGUCAGUUGGAAAGCCUUCUCUAUCCCAAUUCCUAUAUAGUACUUCUUGUCACUAUAAAUAUUACUGAAUUCUCUUACCCUAGUUCCAAGCUCCUCAUUUGCAUGCAUGCACACUUGACCUCCCUCCCUCGAUCUCUAAUCUGCAGUACUAUAACUUACCCUAAGCAUCUUGAGAUAGAAUGGCACUCCGAAGUAGCUCGUUUGCUCUAUGUGCUUUAAACCUAUUCAUAUCAUUACUCAUCUUACUGCUUGAGCCUAAUCGAGUGUUUGGCUCAAGCAGGGGAGAACAUUUUGGUUUCAUCGUCGAUGAUAAUAUUGGUGCAGAUGCUGGCUUGUGCGCCUCUCUCGUCACCGUUCAUGGUUAUAAAUGCCAGGAAUUUGAGGUUACGACUGAUGAUGGUUACAUAUUAAGCGUGCAAAGAAUUACGGAAGGACGCGUAGGAGGUACUGACUCCAACAGGCAGCCAGUACUGUUGCAGCAUGGAGUUCUUGCGGAUGGCGCAACGUGGGUACUGAAUCCACCGGAACAAUCACUGGGAAUGAUCUUAGUAGAUAAUGGCUUUGAUGUUUGGAUUUCUAACAGCAGGGGAACCAGAUACAGUCGUCGACAUGUCAAACUUGAUCCUAAAGAUCGGAAUUAUUGGGAUUGGACAUGGGGUGAUCUGGUGAUGUAUGAACUUCCCGCUGUCAUUGACCAUAUCUUCACACAAACUAAGCAGAAAAUUCACUAUGUAGGCCAUUCCCAGGGAACUUUGAUAGCUCUAGCGUCAUUCUCAGAAGGAAGACUAAUAGACAAGGUGAAGUCAGCAGCGUUGCUCUGCCCAAUUGCUUAUUUGAGCCAUAUCACCACUCCUCUUGGUAACAUUGCAGCCAGAUCCCUUCUUGGUGAAAAGUUUAUGACGUUUGGUCUAGCAGAGUUCAAUCCAAGAAGCAAACCCGUAUUAGAAUUUGUCAAGCUCUUGUGUGCUGCGCCAGGGGUGGACUGUUAUGACUUAUUGACUGCAAUUACUGGGAAGAACUGUUGUUUGAAUUCCUCCACAGUACAGAUGUCCUUAGAAUAUGAGCCUCAGCCCACGUCAACUAAGAACCUCGUCAACUUGGCUCAAAUGGUUAGAAUUGGUAAAGUAUCAAAAUAUGACUAUGGGAAAAAGAGCGAAAAUGUAGCACAUUAUGGGCAAGCCAAACCUCCAGAGUAUAAUAUGUCCAACAUCCCUCGCAAUCUUCCAUUGUUUCUAAGCUAUGGAGGUCAAGAUGCACUGUCCGAUGUUCAAGAUGUUCAGAAUUUGCUCGAAGAUUUGAAGUUUCACGACAUUGACAAGUUGCACGUUCAGUUUAUUAAGGAUUAUGCUCAUGCCGAUUUCAUUUUAGGAGUCAAUGCCAGGGACAUUGUCUAUAACGAGAUUAUUACCUUUUUCAGAAACUCUAGUCUGUUAAAGAGUGUUUGACUGAGAGUAUCUUCCCAUACCAAAAAUAGAAAGAAACCAGUGAAAGAAUAUAUGAUCAAGUAAAGUGAAUAAAUACAUGGGGGUUUUAAUGUAAGAUCGAGGUCAAUAUUGUAAGCUUUAUUAUGCCUAAAUAAAUUAGUAAAUUAUAAGAA